CGACUGUUCCACAGUCAGCAUGGAGGCCAUGGCCAAGCGCCACCUCGUCCGGCCCCGACUCAGCGCCUCCCCCAACCGCUCCGGGCCCUGGCGACAUAGCUCUGGCGCCCAUUCCAGCGCGGGCCCUAGCGAGACCUCCCGAACCGAGUGUUUGGGAGCUCGGGGGCGGGGGCGCCCAGCAGGAACCCCCCCCCCCCCCGCUCCCUUCCAUUGCUGCGGCCCCGCCCGGGCGCGCACCACCAGAUCCCGAGCUCCCCACCCGCUGCAGCCCGGCCGGGGGCGGUGCGCAGACGGCUGGGACUCCCUCCAGCUCCGCGCCGGCAGCUCCGCGGCCAUGGGGGCGCGGCUGGGCCGGCGGACAGGACCCGAGGCGGGCUCGGAAGCCGGGGCGGCGGCGGGGUGCGGGCCCGCGCCCUUUGAGCGCCGGGUGCGCUGGCUCCGCGAGAUCCAGUCCAUGCUCCGUGAGCGGCGGCCCGAGCGCGCCCGGCAGCUACUGCGCCUCCUGCGCCAGGACCUGGGCCUCGAGGGGACCCUCCUCACCGACAUCCUCUACAGGAAUGUGGCCUUCCUCAAUCUGGUGGACCCCAUCUCCCAUGACCUGCUUGUGAACCUGGCCCGGGACCUGCAGUGCCCCAAAACGGACUAUGAGCUCUGGAAAUCCUCAGAUAAGAUCUGCCGCCAGCUCAUCUACCACCUCACCCCUCACUCCAAGCGGCAGCGAGGGUCCAGCCUGCCCCGGAGGAAGACUCAGAGCUGCCUCAAGAACAGUCUCCAGAUGACUCAGCUGGCAGGGGAGACCGUGAACCUCUCGGGGAUCCCACUAUCCGCACGGGACGUGCAACACAUUACCCGCUACCUGCGAAGCCAGGGAGCCGGUCUUACGGUGCUGGACCUGAGCUUCACGGGGCUGAGUGAUGAGCUCUUGCGCCUGCUGCUGCCCAGCCUCUGGUCACUGCCCCACCUCACCCAGCUCCUGCUCAACGGCAACAGGCUGACAAGGGCCACUGCGCGCGAGCUCACCGAGGCCAUCAAGGACUCUGCCAAGUUCCCCGCGCUGGCCUGGGUGGACCUGGGCAACAACGUGGACGUGGCCUCCUUGCCCCAGCCCCUGCUGGUUGGCCUGCGCCGGCGGCUCAGCCAGCGCACCUCACUCCCCACCAUCUACGAGGGCCUGGACCUUGAGCCUGAGGGUGGCGUGUCUGGGGCCAGCUCUGCUGCCUCCACCUGGGGUUCUGCAGCCACUGGGCCAGGGUCUGAGCCCCAGGCCUGCUGCACGAGGUGACCCACCAUCCAUCUCCCACCAGAAGGCCAAUGCUCCUAGGCACGGGGGAUGGGGGCGAUGGAGGCCCUCCAGGCCUCCAGGGAUCCAGCGUAUGUGCUCGGCCUGGGAUGGAGUGUCAGGCUUCUCUCAGCAGGGAGCACCCAGCACCUGCUGGGCCCAUCCUGCAGUAAAUGGUGAUGCCCUCUUCUGCCUCAGCCUUUCUGCACCGUGGACCUCAGGGCCACUUAGUGCCAGCCAUGCUUUUGGAGUUGGGAGAAGGGGUGGCCAAAGUGUCACCUGAAAGAGAGGGACCGAGCUCACACUGACUUCCUCCAGGUGCUCCCUGGGCAGACACCCAGGUGUGGGGUUGGGUCCAUCUGUGGGCUGGGGAGUUAGAGGAGGCCGCCAGGGACCUGACCAUCACAUCUGUGUGGGGCCUGGAGAGGAGCAAGUGGGGAGGCCACAGAGGGGCAAAGCUCAGAAUAGAGCCCCACAGUAAUCUUGUGCCUGAGCCCAGGACCCCCGGGGCUGAGGACAAGACUACACUGAUAGGAGGCAAGGUUCAUCCCCCGCAGGUUGCGUGCUGCCCACCACCCCUAGUACCAACCCACAAGGCUCCCUGUACCUAGUGGGUAACUCUGUGGGGUUAGAAGAUACCUGAGACCAGAGACAAAGAGUUUGUGUGUUCCCUCCAGGGCCUGAAGGCCCAUGUGCACAGUCCUUCCCUCUGGUAGACCCCAAGAAAGCGCGCAGGAGGUGGAGGUGGGCCCAACCAGGAGCAAGAGAUAGGGGGUGGAGUGUUCCUAGGGUUGCCCCAGGGGUAGCUGUUCCCAGCAGGAGGCUAUCUUCCCUCCCCCCAAAAUCCAUCAGGGCAGGCUCCAGAUCAGAGCCUAAAGCCAUGGUUGCCCCACCCCGCCCCCAGUGUUGUGUGGAGGGCUGGAGUACAGCCCAGCUAGGAGUUGGGCAGGGCAAAGACAAGGAAGAAAUUUAAAGAGGUCCUGGGGGAAACUGAGUCCCAGAGCGGGGAAGCCAGCGGCCCAAGUCUCCCAUGCAGAGCCAGGUCAGGUCUGAGGCAGUGGGGAUCCUCACAGAUGAGGAGAGACCUGAUGAGGGGAGAGAGGGGCCCCAGGCCAAAGAGAAGGUGGGGCUCCUCCCUGGGCCUGCAUACCCAGCCCACCAACUGACCUUCCUCCACAGUUGCGCCCAUGGGGGGACCAUGAUUCAGCACGGAUUCUAGGUCGGCCAGAUAUACAACAGCCUCUUGGGCCAGAAAUGUGAUGGCCAAGAAGGGUGAGGACGGCACGGUGCUCUGUCCUAGGACCAGGCAAGACGUGGGGAAGAAGAAAGCGCCUUCUGUUGCUACCCGCCCACCCCGAGGAUAGGCCCCUGCCAGCCUGGCUGCUUUUGGAGGAACCCCUAUCUGGAGGUGGUGGGAAGGGUGUGAAAACACUAGGUUCAGCCCAGCUCUGCUUCUGACUUGCUGUUGGGCCCUGGCCAGGGCUUCUCUCUCCCGGCCUUGGGGCUCUCCUUUUCCCCUCUGUGUUAAAUAGGGCUGGCUCUCCAUCGUCCC